AUGUGGACUGAUUCGUGUUGCAUAGUGACAUUUCUAGCUGUUCUGGUUACUGUCGCAUCAGCCGUCGUCUUAUAUAACGAAUAUCGUCUCACGGUUUCUGGCUUGAUAUGGGGUCCGACUGGCAUUCUGCUCACGGGACUCUCUCGAGCCUGUUACGUUAUCGGCUUAGAGGGAAGUGGUUUUGAACUUGCGUUGGAGUCGCGACUCAAAGCUCAGCACGGAUUCGUUGUCAUGACUCUUUUGUUUGGUUUGUUAUUCAGUGGAGUUGCUGCAUAUCGGAUUGAGCAUAUCCAUCUCUUGGAUCCUCUUGAUACCCCUACGAAGGCUUUGAUGGCUGUCAAUAUUGUUUCUAUCGUUGGCACAGCUCUCUCUGGAACCUCUGUCGUGGCAUAUACACCCAUUUCGUUCGACUCUCAGCUGCAAUUCUCGAAUAUUCCAAUCCAACUCUCACAGCUUUUAGCCCCUUUGGUUUCCAGCGUGUUGGUUGGUACCGUAUCAGUAUACUGGCAUCCUACAUACAUAUCUUGGUUUCAAAUCGGCUCCUUUUUAGUUGCAGCAGCUUGGCUAGCAGGAGGCGAUCAAAUCCACAACUUCGUUGUCCAGUGCAUGGACAGCACUCAGCAACGAUUCAGCAAGCCGCUCGAGAAAGAUUUCCACGAACCUCGAAAACCAAGCCGAAUUCUGACAUCUGGAGGUCUCCUCACCAUCAUCAUUCUUAUUUCCUGGAGCCUUUCCUGUCUCUCAUCUGCAUCCAUCGAUGCUCUUCCAGCUAGUCUCCCUACCACUCUCGACCUCUCGUAUCAUCCACAAUCUCAAUUUGAUAUCGUCAUCAGUAUGUACCAAGAAUCUCCCUCAUCCAUAAGAUUUAUGGUCGACAAAUUGAAGGCCACAAAGUACCUCAGUACCUUUUCCGAUAUCCAAGUCAUCAUUUACACCAAAGACAAAGCAUCUGACCUCGACCUCAUCAAACGCGAAACAGGAGCCAACACAGUCCGCCGACUUCCCAACACAGGCCGCGAAGGAGGAACGUACCUCCACCACAUCGUCUCAAACUGGGACACCCUCGCCGAAAAAACAAUGUUCAUCCAAGCCCACGCCCACAACAUGCGCGAGCUAAUCCCCCACAUCAACUCCUACCUCGUGCCCCAAACCGGGAUGCUCAGCCUCGGCUUCACAGGCGUCACAUGUCCAUGCGGCUCCUGCAGUGAUCGCUGGGGCUGGGAAGAUAAGUGGAACGUCGUCCCUACACUCUACGAGAAGAUCUACGGUGCUUCUUGCGAAAGUACUCAACAAAUAACCCUCUCGUAUAAAGGCCAGUUCAUCGCGUCUGCGAAGCGCAUUCGUGGGAUUGCGAAGAGAAAUUAUCAGGGUUUACUGGACGCGAUUACGAGUAAGGAUGGCUGGGCGCAUAAUGCGACUAUGCUCGCGUUAGGUGGAUUCGGUGAUGCGGGGGAGGAUGAUAGUCCGUCUAAUCCGUAUUUUGGGUUUACGGUUGAGAGGAUCUGGGGGUUGUUGAUGCAGUGUGGGACGGAUGCGGGGGUUGCGGCGAGGUGUCCGAGUUUGUUGAGUGGGAUGGGGAGGGAGGGGGACGUGGGUGAUUGUCAGUGUUUGGAUGUUGUAGGUUGA